CCACUUGGGAAUCCUGGCUCAGCAUUUUACCGUAAACCUGGUGAUCCUAACAUUCUAACCGACCCCAUUGUGACGAAAAUCGCUGCCGCACACGGAAAGUUUGUCGAACAUCGAUAUGUGAAACCUCUAACCACCACUAAUGAUUUACAGACACCAGCGCAGGUUGUUCUUCGUUGGGACGUGCAGCAGGGUAUAAUUGUCAUUCCAAAAUCAACGUCAGAAACUAAUGUAAAGCGAAAUCUUCUAGAGCGAAUCAAAGAAAACGCAGCGUUGUUCGAUUUCCAGCUGACCGAACCCGAAAUGAAGGAGAUCGACGGGCUCGACCAUGGAUUGCGAAUCGUCGACCACACUGAUCGUGAAUCGGACCAUCCUUAUUUCCCGUUUUGGGAGGAAUACUAA